AUGCAAAAAAUCUUUGUGUUUCAUGGAAAAUACCUUUCAACUUCAAUCGUAAACGUGAAAGAUUUGCUGUUAGGUAUCACGAAGAAGUUGAUUGUGACCACUGACCGAAGACUUUCUAUAACUGAAGACAGUUUUAAAGUUAAAGUAUUUUAUCCCGCACUGGACACGGCAUUGUUUGAGCUUAAAGAAAGGUUUAAAGGUCUUAAAACAAUAAGUGAUGAGUUUUCUUUUUUAAAACCAAUAAAUCUUACUACAAUAGAGGAACAAAUUAUAAUUAAAGCGUCCUACGAUUUACACAUAAAGUUGUUAGGGCCCAUUUUAGUCUUUGCACACGGGCCUCCAAUGGCCUAUUUACGCCACUGA